AGAAGUGACAGUGUCUCGCACGCUCUGCACUCGAUCCGCAAGAGCAUCGCAAAUUGCUGCUACUGGCGCUGAGACAGCGCUGUAUAGCUUGGUGAUUGCAUUCUUGAACCAACUCAUUUCUUUUUAUUAUAAGUACAUUCAAACUUCAACUAACAGCGGUCGCAAUUUGAGUAGGGCAUUUCCCUUUCUACUCGAAAAGAUUUGCGCAUGCGCGUUUGUUGAUGUCAGCAGUUUUGUCGAGUGCCGUCAUUUUUGAUGAUGUCACGUGGCGUGUUUACUCAUUUGAGGCAUGAUGAAAUCUGUGACGUCACAGAUUUUUUAGGGGUCUAAAAGCAGCGUUUUUUAAUGAGGGGGUUUGACUGUAGAAGAGUGCAACUGUACUUUCAUUACCUCCCUACACUAGCUCAAUUUACCAGGCGAACAAGCGAAGGAAGACGUUAUAUUGCAAGGACCGUUAUCAACGGUUAAUCCGACUGUAUAUGACGUCAUUGAUGACACGUACGUAUUGAAAGCAACUCAAGUAACAAAAGGAGGCUCCGGACCUUCUGGGAUGGACGCAGAUGGAUGGAGAAAGCCUUUAACUUCAAAGGUUUUCGGUGAAUGCGGUUUGGAUUUAAGAAGAGCUAUAGCCAACGUUAUAAAGAAGUUACGUAUGGAAAAUGUUGAAGAUCAAUCGCUUGAAGCAUUUACUGCUUGCGAACUCGUACCUCUAGACAAAAAACCUGGAGUAAGACCAAUUGGUGUUGGAGAAGUCUUGCGAAGAAUAUGUGGCAAGGUAAUGAUGGCAGUUCUUCAGAAAGACGUCCUUAAAUCAAGUGCGGAAAUUCAGAUGUGCUCGGGUCAGAAGUCUAGCAGUGAAGCGGCAAUCCACGCGAUGAGGGAGGUAUUUGACAGUGAAGAAACAGAGGCUGUUUUACUUGUUGAUGCAGCAAAUGCCUUCAAUAGUAUCAACAGAGAAGCACUCCUGCACAACGUCAAGAUUGUUUGCCCGACUAUUGCAUGUUAUGUCAUCAAUUUCUAUAGAUUUCAUGCGAGGCUUUUCAUCAUUGGAGGUAAAGAAAUAAGAUCCGAGGAGGGUACUACGCAGGGUGAUCCGCUAGGGAUGGCAAUAUACGCAAUUGGUCUAACACCCCUACUUAAUCUGAUGGCUGACGGAAUAUUUGAGACUACUGUUGCUGCUUUCGCUGAUGACGUUAGUGCAGGUGGAAAAUGUAGAAACUUGAAAGUUUGGUGGGAUAGAUUGAUGCAAAUUGGACCAUUGUUCGGUUACAAUCCACAACCUUACAAAUCUUGGCUAAUUGUAAAACCAGGACACGAACAACUGGCGAAAGCGACUUUUGAGGGCACGAAUAUCCAGAUAUGUACUGAUGGUGAAAGACAUCUUGGCGCCUCGAUCGAAAGUGACAGCUUCAGGAAGGAGUACUGUGAAAAAAUGGUAACAAUCUGGGUAAAGGAGAUAUCUUUACUUUCAGAUAUUGCGCUAUCACAGCCACAAGCUGCUUAUCCCUGUUAUACAAGUGGUUAUCAACACAAAUUUUCAUUCUUCCUCAGAACAAUACCUGGGAUUGAGAAGUAUCUGAAUCCACUUGAAGAAAUCAUACGACAUCGAUUGCUACCUGCUAUUACUGGCGGGCACAUUGUGAACGACGAUGAACGCACACUCCUGUCUUUGCCUCCUCGACUUGGUGGUUUGGGAAUUAUCAAUCCCAUUGAACGAGCGCCCACAGAGCUACGAAACUCAGAAAGCAUAACUGCUUCUUUGAAGAACGUAAUUCUUCGUGAAAAUGUUGUUGAUGAAGAAAUAGUAUCAUUGAAGGCAGUGAAAAACAACCGGAGACAACAGAAUCUGGAAAAAUUGAAAAAUCUACAAUUACGUAUGACACCUGAAGCUGCACGAUUGAACGAGUCAAAUAUGGAGUGUGGUGUAUCAAAUUGGCUUACAACUUUACCAAUUAAAGAGCUAAACUAUGAUCUGAACAAGGAGCAGUUUUUUGACGCUCUACGUUUGUGAUACGAUUGGACAAUCCCGAAACUUCCAUCAGAAUGCGUGUGUGGAAGCAAAUUUAAUGUUACACAUGCGUUAUCAUGCAAGAAAGGUGGCUACGUCUCUUUACGACACAAUGAGAUACGAGAUAUUACAGGGAAGUUACUGAAGGAAGUAUGUAAAGAAGUGAGAAAGGAACCAUUGCUGUUACGUUUAAGCAGUGAAAGAAUCCAUCAAAACGGUAUUUUAUCACAGGAAGCACGAUUAGACAUCAGCGCAGUCGGUUUUGGACCCCUGGUCAACGAGUAUUUUUAGAUGUACGGGUCUUUGACCUCAACGCUCUGAGAUACAAGGGUCUUUCUCUUGACAAAUGCUUCAAGAAAAACGAAGAAGAGAAGAAGAGAGGAUACAACGAAAGAGUUAUGCAAGUAGAAAAUGGAACAUUAACUCCCCUUGUUUUUGCAACAAACGGUGGCAUGGGAAGAGAGUGUAAACGAUUUUAUCAGAGACUGUCUGAAAUGAUUUCGGAAAAAAGAAACAUCAGAUUCGCAGAAGCCCCCAAGUUUAUUAGAACUAAAAUUUCCUUCAGUCUGCUGCGAUCAACACUACUUUGCCUGAGAGGUUGCAGAUCCUUCGCUCGGGACCACCAGCUGACAGAUAUGGAACUCGGAAAUGUUGUAUCACUCAUUCGAUCUUGAAUAAUCAAGCGUUGUUAAUUAUUAAGUGAAACCAUGUUGACCUGUAAAUUGUUAAUAACUUUUUAUCUUAUUUUUGUGUUGUUGUAAGUUUAUUUUUUUAUUUGUGGCAAAUGUAUGUAAAUGUCAAAAAAAAAAAAAAAUCUUUAAAAUCGCCGGAUGGAAGAUGAGAUAUAUAUAGAUAUAUAGAAACAGCACAGAGCCUGGAAGCGGCGGGUGUGUAUACUUUGUACUUUUUCAGUUCAUUGCAUAGUUUACAGGCUAAUAGUUUUCAACCAAUGACAAUACAGUAUUAACAUUUUUGACCCGUCCCAAAGUCGCAAUUUUUUAGGUAGCCAGAAAGCCAAUUUUUUUGCUGGUGAAAGAGUAGAACUGCUAUAUCUGCAUUAAAAAAAACGACGAAAAAAUACGUAUUAAUAUUGAAUUGUCUGUUAAACGUUCCAGAACCAACCGAACAUACCGAAAAGUUGAGCUAGGUAUCACCUAGAACAUUCCAAAUAGCUAGCUAGCUAGCUAACAUUGAAGAAAUUUUAAAUUUUGGUGGUGUUGAACUGAAUUAUAGGUAAUUAAUAUUUUAAUUUAAAACUUCCUUGUAGCUACAGUAUUUUUCUAACUUAACAGGGAAUAGUAUUUUAAGUAUCUAGGCUAAAUAUAUAAAUCUUUAAAUAUUUACAAAGUUAUGCCAUGCCAUCAUGAUGUAUGCUGACUGGGAAAAAAUAAAGUAUAGCUAGCUAGCUAUAUAUGUACCACUUUUGCUAAUUACAUACCUUCCAACACUGGAAUCCUGUAAAAUGGGAGAUUGGGUGAACUUAGUUUAGGGUUUCUGUGAGGUGCUGCCAUAGUUAGUGCCAAGGAAAAAAAUUUAAGAUUUUGAGCCUCACUCUAGAUCCUAAGAAAAAUUUUGCUGAGAGGUUGCCGAUAAGCCGCAAACGCCCGCAUAUGUGGAGGCGAAUUUGAGAAAUUUUCGAAUUAAAUUGGCCCGAAACCGUCUGCACUUUCACGAACUCGCCCGGACCAUUCCUGAAGUGCAAUUUCUUGUAACAUGCAGACAAGGGUGCCGACUCACCGAAAACGCUGUGUAUGUCAGGGCGGCCACAGGCGCUUGUUAGGCCGGUUACAGACGAAAACCCCAAAACGAACGCCUGUGGCCGCCCUGACAUACACAGCGUUUUCGGUGAGUCGGCACCCUUGUCUGCAUGUUACAAGAAAUUGCACUUCAGGAAUGGUCCGGGCGAGUUCGUGA